UAGAGCAAAUCCAACACGAACGGCUGCUGGACGUGUUUGCUGUGAGCGGCGAGCGAGAGUUGAAUCGAAUUGAAACAAACCGAAACGCCAAAAAGGAGCUCAAGCCCGGAAUCGUUGCGAUAGGCGGACGAGCGGACAGACAGACUGACAAUUGGGGGCCACAGGAAAGCACCAAGUAUAAUUAAUAUGCCACGGCCGUGUUAAUGCUGCGAAUAGUUCCAAAUAUCCAUAAGUGAUUGCCCCGUCGGUUGAGUGCGUGCAGGGAAAAGUAGGUUACGGCGGAAGGAAUUUUGAGGUUGGACGGUCGGUGGCUCGUGGAAAGCGUUAACGAAUUUCUCGUGUGCAUGUGUGUAGGGCGCUGGGUGCCGAUAAAAUGCACUGCGAGUGCCACAAAGGCGACAAAGGCAAAGUGCAAAUGGCUUGAUGACAUAUAGCAAAUGAACGAGACAGCCCAUUUCCAAAAUUCUUCAAUUCAUACUCUCCAGCCAGCGAGGGAAAAGUGAUAUUUUUACAUCUGUGGUCUGAUUUUUGCACAGGUCACAGUAACAAACCCACACAUACAAGCACACAAACACACCACUAACACAGACGGAUCGACGGGGGGAACAAGCGGACUCACAAACACAAACACAAACACAAACGACAGCUAUAUAGCAAUAUAUGCCCAUUGAGUGCCUUAUAUCAUUUGAUAAUAAUCCACAAGGUGUCUACUAUGCCGGACAGGAGCUAUCCGGCGUUGUUGAUCUCAGCGUCGACGCCACGAAGCGCAUUAAAGGCAUCCACGUUACCGUCAGCGGCUAUGCCAAGAUACGCUGGAUAAAAAAGGGAUAUCCGCGCGACAGCGAGCGCGCCAUGUGCCGUGCCUACCGAUCGUAUCUGUCCUCGCGGUCCUACGUCCUCGGAUCCUGCGCGAACAACUCGAGCUUCGACUGGCCGGCCGGCGAGUACUCGUACACCUUCCACGUGAUUCUGCCCGACAAUCUGCCCACGUCGUUCGACGGCAAGUAUGGCCAGAUCCACUACGAGAUCAUAACGACGAUCGAAAGGGCCGCUCGCCACCCGAAGGUCUUCAAGCUGCCAUUUACGGUGAUACAGCCGCUGGACCUAAACGCUGAUGCCAUUUACAGGGUUCCACUGGAGAUCCUCGAUCGAAAGCGCUUCUGGAGCUUCUGCUGCCCCACAGGACCGCUUACGGUGAAGUUCUCGACGCCGUACUGCGGAUAUGCGCCCGGCCAGAAGAUCCACUUUGUGCUGUACAUCAAUAAUGAGUCCUCGAUCGACAUCACCGAGUGCGAGGUCAAGCUGAAGCAGGAGGUGAGCUACGAGUCGCACGACCCGCAGCAUGAGUACCGCUACGACAAGCACCUGAUAGCGCGGAAGCAGUUCGGAAACGUGCUGAGAUGGUCGAGGAAGGUGUACAGGGGGUAUCUCGACCUGCCCUCGAUACCGCCCACUUCGGUGAAGCCGACGUGCCCCAUUAGCGUUAACUAUUCGAUUAAGAUCAUUGUGAAUCCCACGGAGUUUCACUGGAAACUAAAGCUAAAGAUUCCUCUGACCAUCGGCAGUAUUCCGAUCAUGGAUGGUCCGGAGGCCCUUCUGCGAUUUAAUCGCCAGCAGCCACAGCACCAAGUAGUUAGUCAAAAUUUACAAAUGUCGACGCAGCAGCGCCAAAGGGUUCGAGAUCGGGAUCGGGAUCGGGAUAGGGAUAAUGAUAGGGUUAUGAAUAUGGAUCGCGAAAGAGAUAGAGAUCGGGACCGGACAAGUGCCUCAGUUCAGCUUCGACGUAUCAGCUCCAUUAACAACAACAACAACAACAAUCAUGGACGCCUUGUGGGUGGACUACUGCCGACCAAUAGCAAUACGAAUAUGAUAGUGAGUGCCAGUCCCACGCCCACAAGCUCCACGCCCUCAUCAACGCCAACAACUGCCGCCCUCAGGCCAACGGCCAUGCCAGCGAUAUUCGUGACCAGUGAUAGCGAUAAUCCCCCGGACUAUAUACCCAUGAUGCCGCCCUCGUAUGAAGACGCCAUGGCUCUAAGUGAGAAGUUCUGCGAUGACACUGAGUUCUUGACCAACGUUAGCAUGAGCAGCAUUUUGUCCGCUCAGGCUGAUGUCACCACAAGUGAGCCCUUUAAGCCGCGUUAUCCGGUCUAUUACGAUUACGAGACACCGACCAUACCGCCCGAGACGCUCUACGAUGAGUCCAGUUCCCGGCUGCGUCUCACACUGAGCUGCCAGGACUCGGCGGCACCGGAGACGGAUGAGGAGGUGACCACGAACACACGAGGAGGAGAGUCGUCCCUCACCUCUGAGAAGAAAUGAGACUUCCUGGGACUACACGAUACGGAAAUCUAAACCAAAAAGCCGACAUAUUAAUCGAAAUCAAAAUACUGAGGAUUGAAAAAUUUAACCCAAUGUGCUAACGUAUAGUAGAACUUAAAGCAGGGCGUAAUUUAAAAUUGCAAAUGGCAAAUCGAGCACAUUUUUACAAAACCAAAGCGGAAUGGAAUAUUUUGGAGAAGAACGCUAUCUAAGCUAAAAUGCAAUUGGGUUACUUAAUUAUUUUAUCCAACCUCUCUACAAGGCUUUCUCUUCUUAUCCUUAUUUCCCCUUUUUUAACUAAUCUUAUAAAAUUAUUUUUUAAGUAAUGCUAAUUGUAAACAGAUUGAACAUACAACCUGAUCAGUGGUCGCUGGCUAAAUAUAUGUGAACAACGUAGUGAGAAGUUAGAUGAACUCAUUUAGCCGUAAUAUUAAAAAAAAUCUGCACAAUUUUACCAAAGGGAGAGUCGAAAUUAGCCGCGAAACUAACAUUUUCCAAUAUCGAAAAUUGUAUUUAUAAAUCUAUAAGAAAUUUACAAGCAAGGAUUAGCUAAAUUGUACUUUGUUUUUUAUUAUUUAAAAUCAUCACAUCACCAUUUUUUUAGGUGUCUAAACAAAAUAUUGUCCAACUAAUGGUAUAUAAAAGUCUCUUUUGCUCUAGUUUAUAUACAAGCGAUUACUUUUAGAAUGCGUUGUCUUACUAUAUACUUUGUACUUCCUCUUAUUAAAGCGCCAGUCUAACCAACAAUCAUAUAAGUCUAUUCCUAAGUCUUAACUGUCUUUAAAUCCAUUAAAUCCGAUUCAAUAAAGCAAAACAAGCAAAAUAUAUUACGUACACCUAAAA